AGUUUUCAGGGCAGUUAGAGAUGAUGGAGCAGAAACUAUCUCUUGGAGUCCAGUUGUUGUUGUGUAGUGAUCGUUUCGAGCGAGCCAAGAGACGUCGACUGCUGAUGACCCAAUGACCCCUCUCCGGUCGUACCGGAGCCGUUAGUUUCCUCUCCCGGAUCCGUUUAGUGUUGAACCCAGUGAAGAGUGGAACAUGUGUCCGCCGACAGAAGCAGCUUAAAGUCUGUGAGGUUGAGUUUGAGCUGCAGCGACGUGGAUUUGUGCCGGAAACGGGUGAAGACGGAUUGCGAGCUGUCAGUCAGCUUCGAGGUCUUCUCCGGCAUCUGGAAUCACAUGAACUUGUCACUCAUCCUCUGGAGGAGGAGAGUCUGACGGAGGAGCAGAGGAACGUUGUCAGCCAUUUGGUGUGAGCUCAACAACAGAGGAAACAUGGAUUCUUCACAAGAAAAACAUGAAACCAGCAAUGGAGUCAGACAUUGGACCUCUGAGGAGGAUGACGAUGGUUCUCCAACAACAACAAACCAAGAUGAACCACUCAGUUGCGAGCAAUGUGGCACGACUUUUAUCACAGCAAUAAAGCUAAGGAUUCACCAACGUAUUCACACUGUGGAGAAACCGUUCAGAUGUGAUCUGUGUGCAAAGACUUUUAGUAACAAGGAUAACUUAAGAAGACACCAACUCAUCCACAGUGGAAUAAGACCAUUCAGCUGUGAUCAGUGUAGGAAGAGUUUUACUUGGCUGCAUCAAUUAAAAUCCCAUUAUCUCGUUCACAGUGGAGUUAAACCAUUCAGUUGUGAUCAGUGUGAGAAGAGUUUUACUUGCAAGAGUACAUUAACAAUACAUAAGCUCAUUCACAGUGAAGUUCGACCAUUCAGCUGUGAUCAGUGUGGGAAGACUUUUAAACGGGAGCAUCAUUUAAAAGACCAUGAACUCCUUCACAAUGGAGUUAAACCAUUCAGCUGUGAUCAGUGUGGGAAGACUUUUGCUCAGGUGAGCAACCUAAGAUCCCAUGAACUCAUUCACAGUGGAGUAAAACCAUUUAGCUGUGAUCAGUGUGGGAAGACUUUUAUUUGCAGGAGUAGGUUAACAAAACAUCAACUCAUUCACAGUGAAGGUCGACCAUUCACUUGUGAUCAAUGUGGGAAGACUUUCACACGUGAGCAACAUUUAAAAGACCAUCAACUCAUUCACAGUGGAAUUAAACCAUUCAACUGUGAUCAAUGUGGGAAAACUUUUGCUCAGAUGAGCAACCUAAAAACCCAUCAACUCAUUCACAGUGGAGUAAAACCAUUUUGCUGUGAUCAGUGUGGGAAGACUUUUACACAAAUGGGCACCCUAAGAACCCACCAACUCAUUCACAGUGGAGUGAAACCGUUCAACUGUGAUCAGUGUGUGAAAACCUUUACCGAAAACAAACAGUUAUUGAUCCGUCAAUGCCCCCACUCUGGCAGAAAGCUUUACCACUGUGACCGCUGUGAAAAAACCUUUUCGAGCCAGCAGAGCCUAAAAUCUCACCAACGCCUCCACACUGGAAAUGAUGUGUACGCAUGUGAUCACUGUGGCAAACCAUUUUUACGGUACGCGUAUUUAAAAGCUCAUGAAGUGAGCCACACUGGGGUGAAACCGUUCCACUGUGACCAGUGUGGGAAAGGCUUCAACUACAUUGCCACCUUGAAAGCUCACCAACGUGACCACGCUGGAGACAGACCAUACAGGUGUGAUGAGUGUAACAAGACUUUUACAACUUCAGGUAAUCUGAAACAACACCAAAAGAUCCACGCCAGAAAGAGAGCGGCACAGAUGGACGAAGCUCUCAGACUUGUUAGCACUCUGCCAAUGGUGAACAAUGCUGUUGUGACCAGUCUGGAUGAACCUACAACCGACAAGGAACCCUGCAACGACACCAGCGUUUGCACACUGGACACAAACUAAACCCCUGCCAAGAAGAUUUCUCCGUGCCGGGUUCAGUUAAAGUUCAUGAAGUCUCCCAUAAACUUAAAGUCCUUGAGAUCAGGCUUCAUAGAAUUCACAUUUAAUUUCUUGUAUAGUGUCUUUGUUAAGGUUGCACUUGAUCAAUCAUCUUUAAAUCAUCUCUCUAUUUCGGUUUUCUGAUGAGGUUUCCUUAGUUACUCUUACUAAAUUAAAACAAAGGAUAAGCAAGUACAGUGCCUUUAACGAGUAUUCGGCACCUGCUAUUAUUGCUUUUAAACGUGAUUCAUGGUCAUUGUAAUUUCUCUCUUUUCAAAAAGAAUUUGGAAACUCUGACCUCAGAAUUCUGUUUUGGUCCGUAGGGUUAACAGCUCAGAUAAAUAUGGUGGAGCAAGACCAUUAAGAGCUUUUGAAACAAAUAAAGUUUAAAAACAAUUCUCGACUGGACUGGAAACCAGUGGAGAGUGUAAAGGACAAAGGUGAUGUGCUCACAUCUCGGAGUGUUUGUUAAAAGACCUGCUGCUGCAUUUUUCAAGAGUUGUAGGUGGCUGAUGGAAGAGUGGGAGAUCCAUCCAUUUUCUUCCACUUAUCUGGGGUUGGGUCGUGGAAGCAGCAGACUAAACACGUCUUUCCAGACAUCCCUCUCCCCAGCAACGCUUUCUAGCUCAUUCUGGGGGAUCCCAAGGCGUUCCCAGGCCAGACAAGAUAUUUAAUCCCUCCAGCGAUUUCUGGGUCUACCCCAGAGUCUCCUCCCAGGCGGACGUGUUCACACAACCUCCAAAGGAAGUCUCCCUGUAGGCAUCCGAAUCAGACGGCCGAACCAUCUCAGCUGGCUCCUUUCGACGUGAAGGAGCAGUAGUUCUACUCUGAGCUCCCUCCGGAUGUCUGAGCUUCUCACCCUAUCUCUAAGGCUGAGCCCAGACACCCUGCGGAGAAAGCUCAUUUCGGUUGUUUGUAUCUGCAAUCUUGUUCUUUUGGUCACUACCCAGAGCUCAUGACCAAAGGUAAGGGCUGAAAGUGUGGGAUGCCAAUAUAAAGUUGCAUUAGUCCAGUCUUGAGCUGAUAAAAGCAUGAAUAGCUUUUUCGAGAUCGGUAUGAUUAAGAAAAAGCUUGACUUUGGUUACAAGACAGAGAUGAAAGAAACUUGCUCUGACUACUGGGUCAAUCUUAAAUUUCAUGUCUUUGUCAAAUAUUACCCCAAGAUUAGACCAUUGGUCUGAAAGUCAUUGUGCAUUGAUUGUUUCUCAGUGAUUGUAGUAUAAAGACUCCUGGAUCAGGAAGGUUCAGUCACUGGUGGAUCAGUACUCCUAGAUAUAAAUACACCAUGGAGACUAAAGAACACUCCAAGAAACUCUGUGAAAAUAUUACUGGCAGACAUUCAGGAUGAUACAAGAAAAAAAUUUCACUAAAUAUUUCUUGGAGUCCAGUUAAAUCCAUCAUUGAGAAAUGGAAAGAAUAUGGAACAUAAGUAAAUCUGACUAGAGCAGGACGUCCUCAAAAACUGAGAGACUGAGUAAGAAAGAAACAAGUGAAGGAGGACACCAAGACACCUAUGACUCCUCUGAAGGGGUUCCAGCUUCAGCAGCUGAGAUGUUAGAGACUGUUCAUCCAACAACUGUUGUCUGUUUUUCACCAGUCAAAGCUUUAUGGAGACAAAGAGAAAGACUCUGAUGGAAAAAUUCUGAAGUCUAGACUAGGGUUCACCAGAAGACAUGUCGAGACUCUGAAAUCAACGGAAGAAGGUUCUUUGGUUUGAAUUUCUGUUUAUACUUUGGUGCUGCUGUGAACAGACUGAAAAUCCUGGUUUGAUCUUCAUCACCAUGAACUUAUUUUGUUUUCUAAAAAAAAAUGGAAGUUGUAGUUUUUGUGCUGUUAGGUUUUAUCUUGUUUUCCAUGAUUGAUCCUUAAGUUUUACUUCACUUCUGGUCUUUCAUUUGAAUCCACCUCCACUGGUUCUUUUUCAUCAUAAACUUUAGAUAUUAUAACUGGUAUCUGUAAAGUUUUAUCUAAAUAUAUCAAAUUCUUUCCUCAACAUUUGGCUUAAAACAACUGUCCUUUCAGCAGUUUUUUUUUUUUUUUUGCACAUUAAGGUUGUUUGAACAACAACAACAUCUCAGGAACUAUUAAAGACAAACACCUGGAAUAAUUUCUGCUAUUUCUUAUGACAUUUAUUCAGAAUCUUCAAUCCAGUUAAACUUGUCAUAUCUGCUCUGUCACUUAUGAACAAAAAUAGUUAUUUUUUUAAUUUUAAUAUAAGUAUUCCACGUGUUUCUUUUGUAUUAUUGUGACAUGAAGCUACAUGUGGUUCAGACAAUAUUUCUGACUUCUGCAUGAUCAAUUUUUUUUUGUUAAUAUGAGCUCAAAGAUGGAAGUUUUCAUGACGGCCUCAAUUUUUUUCAUUCUUGAACUCAACCAAGUGGAACCAUAUUCUCUGGUUCUUUGUUGUUCUUGUCCAAUAAUGUAGAAUCUAAAUCAAUUAUGUGAUGAGAACUAAGAGUAAAAGUUUCAGUUUUUUUUCUUUAAUAGUUCCUGAGAUAUUGUUGUUCAAACAGCCUCAAAUUUGAAUGAAUGACAAAACCUGCAGACACUCGUUUUCCUGGUAUUUAUUAAAUUUAUUGAAUUAUUUUAAACACAGAAACGUCUCAAUACAUCAGUGUGUUUUAAUUUUAGAAACAUUAAUACUUCAUUAUAUCGUAGAUUUCAGACCAGUCAGAGAUGAUGGAGCAGAAAUUAUCUGUUGGAGUCCAGUUUGUUGUUGUGCAGCGAUCGUUUCUGCGCAUGUGCGACUCAUUCCGAGCGAGCCCAUUGGUUCACAGAGACGUCGACUGCUGAUGACGCACUAAACCCUCUCCGGUCGUACCGGAGCCGUUAGUUUCAUCUCUGGGAACGGUUUUGUGUUGAACUCGGUAAAGAGUGGAACAUGUGUCCACCGACAGAAACAGCUUAAAGUCUGUGAGGUUGAGUUUGAGCAGCAGCGACGUGGAUUUGUGCCGGAAACGGGUGAAGACGGACUGCGAGCUGCUGCUGAGCCGCUUCCAGCAAACACAGUCCGUCCGCUUCGAGGUCUUCUCCGGCAUCUGGAGGGACAUGAAGUUCUCUCACAUCUUCUGGUGAUUGGCAGGAGGAGGAGAGUCUGACGGAGGAACAGAGGAACGUUGUCAGCCAUUUGGUGUGAGCUCAACAACAGAGGAAACAUGGAUUCUUCACAAGAAAAACGUGAAAAUAGCAAUGGAGUCAGAUGUAUGACAUCUGAGGAGGACGACGGUUUCCCAACAGCAACAGAGAGAGAUGAAGCACGAAGCUGUGAGCAAUGUGGCAAGACUUUUACUCGAGUGCAUCAUUUAAAAAUCCAUCGACUCACCCACACUGGAGUGAAACCGUUCAGCUGUGAUCAGUGUGGGAAGACUUUUACUUCCAAGAGUACUCUAAAAACACACCAUCUGAUUCACAGUGGAGUUAGACCAUUCAGCUGUGAUCAGUGUGGGAAGACUUUUACUUCCAAGAGUACUCUAAAAACACACCAUCUGAUUCACAGUGGAGUUAGACCAUUCAGCUGUGAUCAGUGUGGGAAGGCGUUUUUUCAGAGGAAUGCCCUAAAAAUCCAUUAACUCAUUCACCGUGGAAUUAAACCAUUCAGGUGUGAUCACUGUGCGAAAACUUUUACUCAGGUGCAACAUUUAAAAAUCCAUCAAUUCACCCACACUGGAGUUAAACCGUUCAGUUGUGAUCAGUGUGAGAAGACUUUUAUUUACAAGAGGAAGUUAACAGCACAUCAAGUCACCCACAGUGGGGUUAAACCGUUCAGUUGUAAUCUGUGUGGGAAGACUUUUACUUACAAGAGUACUUUAAAAACACACCAACUCAUUCACAGUGGAGUUAGGCCAUUCAGUUGUGAUCACUGUGAGAAGACUUUUACUCAGGUGGGCACUCUGAGAAGCCAUCAACUCAUUCACAGUGGAGUUAGGCCAUUCAGGUGUGAUCACUGUGAGAAGACUUUUACUCAGGUGGGCACUCUGAGAAGCCAUCAACUUAUUCACAGUGGAGUUAGACCAUUCAGUUGCGAUCAGUGUGGAAAAACUUUUAAUGACAAGCAUACAUUAACAAGACAUCAACUUGUCCAUAACGAAGGUGAACCAUUCAGCUGUGAUCAGUGUGUGAAAACCUUUACUCAACAUGAACAAUUAAUGAUCCAUCAAUGCCCCCACUCUGGUAGAAAGCUGUACCAGUGUGACUCCUGUGAAAAAACGUUCAAACACCAAAAGAGCCUAAAAUCUCACCAACGCAUCCACACUGGACAUGAUGUUUACACAUGUGAUCACUGUGGUGAACUAUUUGUACAGUACUUACAAUUAAAAGCCCAUGAAGUUACCCACACCGGAGUGAAACCAUUCCACUGUGACCAGUGCGGGAAAGGCUUUAGCUACAUUUGUAGUCUCAAAACUCACCAACGUCUCCACACUGGGGAGAGACCAUACAGAUGUGACGAGUGUAAGAAGACUUUUAAGACUUCGGGUGCACUGAAAAGACACCAACAGAUCCACACCGGGAAGAGAACAUUCAAUCAACGUCACAGUGAGAUUGCAGGGCAGACAUCCGAGCUGGAAGCAGGUGGGCCAGAGAUGGGAAAUGGCACCACACUGCUCCAAAUCCAUCCGCUUGAGCGAAGGAGAGCCCUUGAGGCGAAAUAUCCCGGGAGAUCAGAGAUGAUGGAGCAGAAAUUCUCUGUUGUUGUGUGGUGAUCGUUUCUGCGCAUGUGCGUAUCAUUUCGAGAGAGCCCAUUGGUUUCCGGAGACGUCGGCGGCUGAUGACGCACUAAAUCCUCGACGGUUGUACCGGAGCCAUUAGUUUCAUCUCCGGGAGCGGUUUUGUGUUGAACCCGGUGCAGAGUGGAACGCAUGUCCGCCGACAGAAGCAGCUUAAAGUCUCUGAGGUUGAGUUUGAGCAGCAGCGACGUGGAUUUGUGCCGGAAACAGGUGAAGACGGACUGCGAGCUGCUGCUGAGCCGCUUCCAGCAAACACAGUCCCUCCGCUUCAAGGUCUUCUCCGGCAUCUGGAGGGACAUGAACUUGUCACACAUCGUCUGGUGAUUGGCAGGAGGAGGAGAGUCUGACGGAGGAGCAGAGGAACGUUGUCAGCCAUUCUGUGUGAGCUCAACAACAGAGGAAACAUGGAUUCUUCACAAGAAAAACAUAAAAACAACAAAGGAGUCAGACGUCGGACCUCAGAGGAGGAUAACGAGAGUUCCCCAACAACAAAAAACAGAGAUGAAUCGCUGAAUUGUGAGCAAUGUGGCAAGACUUUUAUCACAGCAACAAAGCUAAGAAUUCACCAACGUAUUCACACUGUGAAGAAACCAUUCAGUUGUGAUCAGUGUGGGCUAACUUUCACUUACAAGUGUAGACUAACAGCACAUCAAGUUGUUCACAGUGGAGUUAAAGCAUUCAGCUGUGAUCAGUGUGGGAAGACAUUUACUUGGAUGAGUGAUGUAAAAAAACAUCAACUCAUCCACAGUGGAGUGAGACCAUUCAGCUGUGAUCAAUGUGAGAAGACUUUUAUUAGAAAGAGUAAGUUAACAGCACAUAAACUCAUUCACAGUGGAGUUAGACCAUUCAGCUGUGAUCAGUGUGAGAAGACGUUUAUUAGCAAGAGUAAGUUAACAACACACCAAUUCAUUCACAGUGAAGUUAGACCAUUCAGCUGUGAUCAUUGUGAGAAGACUUUUACUUCCAAGAGUAAGCUAACAAGACACCAACUCAUCCACAGUGGAGUGAGACCAUUCAGCUGUGAUCAGUGUGAGAAGGCUUUUAUUAGCAAGAGUACGUUAACAACACACCAACUCAUUCACAGUGGAGUUAGACCAUUCAGCUGUGAUCAUUGUGAGAAGACUUUUAUUAGCAAGAGUAAGCUAACAAGACAUGAACUCAUUCACAGUGGAGUUAGACCAUUCAGCUGUGAUCAGUGUGAGAAGACUUUUAUUAGCAAGAGUAAGCUAGCAACACACCAAUUCAUCCACAGUGGAGUUAAACCAUUCAGGUGUGAUCAAUGUGGGAAAACCUUUUCUCAGAAUGGUCAAUUAAGAAGUCAUGGACUCAUCCACAGUGGAGUGAGACCAUUCAGUUGUGAUCAGUGUGGGAGGACUUUUAUUAGCAAGAGUAAGCUAACAAGACACCAACUCAUUCACAGUGGAAUUAGACCAUUCAGUUGUGAUCAGUGUGGGAGGACUUUUACUCGGAUUCAAAACUUCAAAGACCAUCAACUCACCCACAGUGGAGUGAGACCAUUCAGCUGUGAUCAGUGUGAGAAGACUUUUACUCAAAAUGAACAGUUAUUGAACCAUCAGUGCCCACAGUCAGAGAGAAAGCGGUAUCACUGUGACUCUUGUGAAAAAAGUUUCAAGCACCUACGGAACCUAAAAUCUCACCAACGCAUCCACACUGGACAUAAUGUGUAUGCAUGUGGUCACUGUGGCAAACCAUUUAUAAAGUAUGCACGGUUAAAAGCCCAUGAAGUUACCCACACCGGGGUAAAACCAUACCAAUGUGACCAGUGUGGGAAAGGCUUCAACUACAUUGCCACCCUGAAAAUUCACCAACGUAUCCACACUGGGGAGAGACCACACAGAUGUGAGAAAUGUCAGAAGACUUUUAUGACAGCAACACAGUUAAGAAUUCACCAAUAUGUUCACUCUGUGAAGAAACCAUUUAUUUGUGAUGAGUGUGGGAAGACUUUUACUCAAAUAGAUUGUUUAAAGAAACAUCAACUCACCCACAGUGAAGUUCGACCAUUCAGCUGUGAUCAGUGUGGGAAGACUUUUACGCGAAUGGAUUGUUUAAAAAAACAUCAACUCACCCACAAUGAAGUUCGACCAUUCACCUGUGAUCAGUGUGGGAAGACUUUUACUCGACUGGAUCACUUAAAGAACCAUCAACUCACUCACAGUGAAGUUCGAUCAUUCAGCUGUGAUCAGUGUGGGAAGACUUUUACGCGAAUGGUUUAUUUAAAAAAACAUCAACUCACCCACAAUGAAGUUCGACCAUUCAGCUGUGAUCAGUGUGGGAAGACUUUUACUCGAGUGGAUCGGUUAAAGAACCAUCAACUCACCCACAGUGAAGUUCGACCAUUCAGCUGUGAUCAGUGUGGGAAGACUUUUACUCAAAUAGAUUGUUUAAAGAAACAUCAAGUCACCCACAGUGAAGUUCGACCAUUCAGCUGUGAUCAGUGUGGGAAGACUUUUACGCGACUGGAUUAUUUAAAAAACCAUCAACUCGCCCACAAUGAAGUUCGACCAUUCAGCUGUGAUCAGUGUGGGAAGACUUUUACUCGAGUUGAUCAGUUAAAGAAACAUCAACUCACCCACAGUGAAGUUCGAUCAUUCAGCUGUGAUCAGUGUGGGAAGACGUUUACGCGAAUGGUUUAUUUGAAAAAACAUCAACUCACCCACAGUGAAGUUCGACCAUUCAGCUGUGAUCAGUGUGGGAAGACUUUUACUCGAGUGGAUCAUUUAAAAAAACAUCAUCUCACCCACAGUGAAGUUCGACUAUUCAGCUGUGAUCAGUGUGGGAAGACUUUUACUCGAAUAAAUUAUUUAAAGAAACAUCAACUCGCACACAGUGAAGUGAAACCAUUCAUCUGUGAUCAGUGUGAGAUGACUUUUACUCAAGUGGAUCACUUAAAUAAUCAUCAACUCACCCACAGUGAAGUUAAACCAUUCAUCUGUGAUCAGUGUCAGAUGACUUUUACUCAAGUGGAUCAGUUAAAUCAACAUCAACUCACCCACAGUGAAGUAAAACCAUUCAGCUGUGAACAGUGUGAGAUGACUUUUACUCAAGUGGAUCACUUAAAUAAUCAUCAACUCACCCACAGUGAAGUUAAACCAUUCAUCUGUGAUCAGUGUCAGAUGACUUUUACUCAAGUGGAUCAGUUAAAUCAACAUCAACUCACCCACAGUGAAGUAAAACCAUUCAGCUGUGAACAGUGUGAGAUGACUUUUACUCAAGUGGAUCCGUUAAAUGACCAUCCACUGAGCCACAGUGAAGUAAAACCAUUCAUCUGUGAUCAGUGUGAGAUGACUUUUACUCAAGUGGAUCAGUUUAAGAACCAUCAACUCAAACACAGUGAAGUUCGACCAUUCAGCUGUGAUCAGUGUGGAAAGACUUUUACACGAAUGGAUUAUUUAAAGAAACAUCAACUCACCCACAGUGAAGUUCGACUAUUCAUCUGUGAUCAGUGUGGGAAGACUUUUACGCGAAUAGAUUAUUUAAAAAACCAUCUACUCACCCACAGUGAAGUUCGACCAUUCAGCUGUGAUCAGUGUGGGAAGACUUUUACGCGAAUGGAUUAUUUAAAAAAACAUCAACUCACCCACAGUGAAGUUCGACCAUUCAGCUGUGAUCAGUGUGGAAAGACUUUUACCCGAGUGGAUCAUUUAAAAAAACAUCAACUCACCCACAGUGAAGUUCGACUAUUCAGCUGUGAUCAGUGUGGGAAGACUUUUACUCAAGUGGACCAGUUAAAUAACCAUCAACUCACACACAGUGAAGUUAAACCAUUCAUCUGUGAUCAACGCGAGAUGACUUUUACUCAAGUGGAUCAGUUAAAUUACCAUCAACUCACCCACAGUGAAGUUAAACCAUUCAUCUGUGAUCGGUGUGAGAUGACUUUUACUCAAGUGGAUCAGUUAGAAAACCAUCAACUCACCCACAGUGAAGUUAAACCAUUCAUCUGUGAUCAAUGUGAGAUGACUUUUACUCAAGUGGAUCAUUUAAAUAAUCAUCAACUCACCCACAGUGAAGUUAAACCAUUCGUCUGUGAUCAGUGUGAGAUGACUUUUACUCAAGUGGAUCAGUUAAAUCAACAUCAACUCACCCACAGUGAAGUAAAACCAUUCAGCUGUGAUCAGUGUGGGAAGACUUUUACUCAAAAUGAACAGUUAUUGAUCCAUCAAUGCCCACAGUCAGAGAGAAAGCAGUAUCGCUGUGACUCCUGUGAAAAAAGCUUCAAGCACCAAAAGUACCUGAAAUGUCACCAACGCAUCCACACUGGACGUAAAUUGUACACAUGUGAUCACUGUGGCAAACCGUUUGUAAAAUAUGCACAGUUAAAAUCCCAUGAAGUUACCCACACUGGGAUUAAACCAUUUCGCUGUGACCAGUGUGGGAAAGGCUUCAACUACAUUACCAGCCUGAAAAAUCACCAACGUGUCCACACUGGGGAGAGACCAUACAAAUGUGAGAAAUGUCAGAAGACUUUUAUGACAGCAACACAGCGAAGCAUUCACCAAUGUAUUCACACUGUGAAGAAACCAUUCAGUUGUGAUAAGUGUGGGAAGACUUUUACAGUCAAGAGUUCUUUCACAAGACAUCAACUCAUUCACAAUGAAGUUAAACCAUUCAGCUGUGAUCAAUGUGGGAAGACAUUUACUGAGAAGAAUGCUUUAACCAAACAUCAACUCAUUCACAAUGAAGUUAAACCAUUCAGCUGUGAUCAGUGUGGGAAGAGUUUUACUUACAAGAAAAAUUUAACAGCACAUCAAGUGAUUCAUAGUGGAGUGAAACCUUUCGGCUGCAAUCAAUGUGGGAAGACAUUUAUUAGAAAGAGUAAAUUAACGGCACACAAACUCAUUCACAGUGGAGUUCGACCAUUCAGCUGUGAUCAGUGUGGGAAGACUUUUAAUCGGGCACAUCAUUUAAAAGGCCAUCAAGUCAUUCACAGUGGAGUUCGACCAUUCAGCUGUGAUCAGUGUGGGAAGACUUUUACGCGAAUGGAUUAUUUUAAAAAACAUCAACUCACCCACAAUGAAGUUCGACCAUUCAGCUGUGAACAGUGUGAGAUGACUUUUACUCAAGUGGAUCAGUUAAAUCAACAUCAACUCACCCACAGUGAAGUAAAACCAUUCAGCUGUGAACAGUGUGAGAUGACUUUCACUCAAGUGGACCAGUUAAAUGACCAUCAAUUCACCCACAGUGAAGUAAAACCAUUCAUCUGUGAUCAGUGUGGGAAGACUUUUACUCAAGUUGAUCAGUUAAAUCAACAUCAACUCACCCACAGUGAAGUAAAACCAUCCAGCUGUGAUCAGUGUGAGAUGACUUUUACUCAAGUGGAUCAGUUAAAUAACCAUCAGCUCACACACAGUGAAGUUAAACCAUUCAUCUGUGAUCAAUGCGAGAUGACUUUUCCUCAAGUGGAUCAGUUAAAUCAACAUCAACUCACCCACAGUGAAGUAAAACCAUUCAUCUGUGAUCAGUGUGGGAAGAUUUUUACUCAAAAUGAACAGUUAUUGAUCCAUCAAUGCCCACAGUCGGGGAGAAAGCAGUAUCGCUGUGACUCCUGUGAAAAAAGCUUCAAGCACCAAAAGCACCUAAAAUGUCACCAACGCAUCCACACUGGACAUAAAUUGUACACAUGUGAUCACUGUAGUAAACCGUUUGUAAAAUAUGCACAGUUAAAAUCCCAUGAAGUUACCCACACUGGGAUUAAACCAUUUCCCUGUGACCAGUGUGGGAAAGGCUUCAACUACAUUAACAGCCUGAAAAAUCACCAACGUGUCCACACUGGAGAGAGACCAUACAAAUGUGAGAAAUGUCAGAAGACUUUUAUGACAGCAACACAGCGAAGCAUUCACCAAUGUAUUCACACUGUGAAGAAACCAUUCAGUUGUGAUCAGUGUGGGAAGACUUUUACUGUCAAGAGUACUUUAACAAAACAUCAACUCACCCACAGUGAAGUAAAACCAUUCAGCUGUGAACAGUGUGAGAUGACUUUCACUCAAGUGGACCAGUUAAAUGACCAUCAAUUCACCCACAGUGAAGUAAAACCAUUCAUCUGUGAUCAGUGUGGGAAGACUUUUACUCAAGUUGAUCAGUUAAAUCAACAUCAACUCACCCACAGUGAAGUAAAACCAUCCAGCUGUGAUCAGUGUGAGAUGACUUUUACUCAAGUGGAUCAGUUAAAUAACCAUCAGCUCACACACAGUGAAGUUAAACCAUUCAUCUGUGAUCAAUGCGAGAUGACUUUUCCUCAAGUGGAUCAGUUAAAUCAACAUCAACUCACCCACAGUGAAGUAAAACCAUUCAUCUGUGAUCAGUGUGGGAAGAUUUUUACUCAAAAUGAACAGUUAUUGAUCCAUCAAUGCCCACAGUCGGGGAGAAAGCAGUAUCGCUGUGACUCCUGUGAAAAAAGCUUCAAGCACCAAAAGCACCUAAAAUGUCACCAACGCAUCCACACUGGACAUAAAUUGUACACAUGUGAUCACUGUAGUAAACCGUUUGUAAAAUAUGCACAGUUAAAAUCCCAUGAAGUUACCCACACUGGGAUUAAACCAUUUCCCUGUGACCAGUGUGGGAAAGGCUUCAACUACAUUAACAGCCUGAAAAAUCACCAACGUGUCCACACUGGAGAGAGACCAUACAAAUGUGAGAAAUGUCAGAAGACUUUUAUGACAGCAACACAGCGAAGCAUUCACCAAUGUAUUCACACUGUGAAGAAACCAUUCAGUUGUGAUCAGUGUGGGAAGACUUUUACUGUCAAGAGUACUUUAACAAAACAUCAACUCAUUCACAAUGAAGUUAAACCAUUCAGCUGUGAUCAAUGUGGAAAGACAUUUACUCUCAAGAGUAAUUUAAGAAAACAUCAACUCAUUCACAAUGAAGUUAAACCAUUCAGCUGUGAUCAAUGUGGGAAGACAUUUACUGUCAAGAGUAAAUUAACAAAUCACCAACUCAUUCACACUGGAGUUAAACCAUUCAGCUGUGCUCAAUGUGGGAAGACAUUUUCUGAGAAGAGUACUUUAACCAAACAUCAACACACCCACAGUGAAGUUAAACCAUUCAAAUGUGAUCAGUGUGGGAAGACUUACACUCGGUUGAAUAAUUUAAAAAACCACCAACUCACCCACAGUGAAGGUGAACCAUUCAACUGUAGUAGGUGUGUGAAAACCUUUACUGGAAAUGAGCAGUUAUUGAUCCAUCAGUGCCCCCACUCUGGAAGAAAGCGGUAUCACUGUGAUUCCUGUGAAAAAAGUUUCAAGCACCAACGGAAUCUAAAAUGUCACCAACGCAUCCACACUGGACAUGAUGUGUACGCAUGUGAUCACUGUGGUAAACCAUUUGUACGGUAUGCAGAGUUGAAAGCCCAUGAAGUAACCCACACUGGGGUAAAACCUUACCAAUGUGACCAGUGUGGGAAAGGCUUCAGUUACAUUGUCAACCUCAAAACUCACCAACGUGUCCACACUGGGGAGAGACCAUACAGAUGUGAGGAGUGUAAUAAGACUUUUACAACUUUGGAGUAUCUGAAAAAACACCAACAGAUCCACACCAGUGAGAGACCAUACAGAUGUGACGAAUGUAACAAGACUUUUACAACUUUGGAGUAUCUGAAAAAACACCAACGGAUCCACACCAGGAAGAGAACCUUCAAUCAACGUCACAGUGAGCAGAGCAACACAGAUGGACAAAACUCUCAGACUUGUCAGCACUCUGCCAAUGGUGAACAGUGCUGUUGUGACCAGUGUGGACCAACGUCCAACCAACAAGGAACCCUGCAAUGACACCAGCAUAUGCAUAAUGGACACAAACGGAACCCCUGCCAAGAAGAUUUCCCCAUGCUGGGGUCAGUAAAAGUUCAUGACAUCUCCCACAAAGUUAAUGUCCUUGAGAUCAAACUCCACAGAAUUCACAUUUAAUCUUUGUUUAUUGUCUUUGUUAAUGUUGCACUCAAUGAGUCAUCAUUGAAUCGUUUCUCUGUCAGUGUUUUCUGAAAUAUUUCCUUAAUUUCUUCUACAAAAUAAAGGAUCAGCAAGCAUAGUUCCUAUAAGGAGCUGUUGCCCGCUUGGAAAUGUUUUCACAUAUCAUUGCUUUUAAACUUUAAAUCAAUGACCAAGGAAGAAACAAGUGAAGGAGGCCACCAAGACACCUAUGACUCCUAUGAAGGAAUUCCACUUUCAGCAGCUGACAUGGGAGAGACUGUUCAUCCAUCCAUCCAUCCAUCAUUCAUACACUGCUUCAUCCUCGUUAGGGUCGCGCUGAGGCUGAAGCCAAUGCCAGAUGACUGGGGGUGAAGGCAGGGGACACCUGGACAGGUUGCCAGUCUGUCGUCGGGCUACAUAUACAAUCACACUCACAUUCACACCUACGGGCAAUUUAGAGUGAUAAAUUAACCUCAGCAUAUUUUUGGACUGUGGGAAGAAGCCAGAGUAUCUGGAAAAAAAAACACCCAUGUACAGGGAGAACAUGCAAACUCCAUGCAGAAAGAUCCCGGGAAAGCCAGGAUGCGAACCAGGGAUCUUCUAGCUGCAAAGCAAAAGUGCUAACCACUACUCCACUGUGCAGCCCACUGUUGAUUCAAAAAAGUAAACAAAUUAAAAAUAGAAAUCAAGUACAGUGUCACUAAAGAGUAGUCACCCCCUUUAGAAGUUUUUCCCUUGUCAUUCCUUGUGAACAGUAAAUCAUGAGUGACCAAAAAAGAGACUAGUGAAGGAGGUCACCAAGACACCUAUGACUCCUCUGAAGGAGUUCCAUCUUCAUCAGCUGAGAUGUUAGAGACUGUUCAUCCAACAACUGCUGUCUGUUUUUCACCAGUCAAAGCUUUAUGGAGACAAAGAGAAAGACUCUGUGAAGAAAAAUUCUUAAGUCUGGACUAGAGUUCACCAGAAGACAUGUGGAGACUCUGAAGUCACCUGAAGAAGGAUCUUUGGUCUGACUUUCUCUUUAUUCUUUGGUGUUCUGCUGAAGUGAGCAGACUGAAAAUCCUGGUUUGAGCUUCAUCAUGAUGAACCUACUUCCUUUUUUAAAAAAUGAAAUUGUAGCUUAUGUAUUGUUAAGUGUUGUCUUGUUCAGUUGUUUUAAUGCUUAAUCAUUAAGCUUUACUUCUGGCAUUUCAUUUAAAUCCACCUUCACUGGCUCUUUUUUUCCGAUAAAGUUUGGAUAUUUUGACUGGUAUCAGUAAAGUUUUAGCUCAGUCUUUUGAAUGUUUUCCUCACCAUUGAACUUCUUGCAGGGUUUUUGCACAUUUAACUUUGAGAGUGUUUGAUCACACCUGGAAUUUCUACUGCUAUUUCUUAUCAUGACAUUAAUUCAGAAUCUGUGUAACAGGGUCCAUGGUGCAGCAGUGGUUUUGGGUGAAAUUUAUCUGUGAUUUAGUAUUAGGAAUCUAUAAUACACCAUAUAUGUUUGACUUUGUUAUAUUUUUGUCUGUAGUCACUUCAUUGGAUGCUGAUUUGUGCUGGAGAUUGAGUGUGCUCAAGCGGUGCAUCACAGGGACACUUUGGUAAUUGAAAGUAACAAAAUCGUGAAGGAAACUAAUUGGUAGAUGUGUAUAAUAUUGUAAAUACACUGGUGGAAAAAAGUUUUUGGACACUCCAUGAAUUUGUGAAAUAUUGCAUAAAGAAUCAGUCUUAGGCCUUCAAAUGCAAUUUAUUUUAGUACAGUCACAACCGUAAUAUGAAACAAAUCCUACAAAAGCCAUUAAAACUUGCAAUUGAUUGGUUGCAUGUGCAUCAGCAUGUGCUUUCGGUGGUAUCAAAAAAAUAAAAGACAUGUGAAAUACAGGAAUUUCCCUAAAUUUUGACACCAUGCACAACUUGCCUCUAUAAACCCUCCUAUGUUUAAUGUUGACCUUUGAAUCCAAAGGUCGGACAGAUAUUUUUGAUUUUUAGUUGUUCAUAUUUCAUGCAUUACAUACCAUAGCACUUUGAUUUUAUACAGAUCCAAUCCUGAGCCAAAGUAUACCACUUAAAAUUUCUAAUGGAUAUGAUGAUUAGUUUUUGUGUAAUGGGUGGCCAAAUGUAGCAGUUUAGAAGUUCAUGAUGGAUAAAAUUGCAACUUUGUCAUUCUCUGUAACAUGCAAUUAUAAAUAUGAAAUAAAUAUUUUCACAUUUCUGAGGA